AUGGGGCUACCCGGUGUCAAUUCUCUGCCACCACCAACAACACCAACUAAUGCUAAUACUGCUAAUGCUACUGCUACUGCUACUGCUACUGCUACUAAUACAGUUUCAACGGCGAAUGCUAAUUCUAGUAACAAGAAUAAUACGGUGAUGUCGUUCUUGGAGGAUCCGAAUAAGAAGAUCCGGAAACCUUACACUAUUACUAAGUCUAGAGAGAGCUGGACUGAACAGGAGCAUGACAAGUUUUUAGAAGCUCUUCAAUUAUUUGAUCGUGAUUGGAAGAAGAUCGAAGCAUUUGUCGGGUCAAAGACUGUCAUACAGAUACGGAGUCAUGCACAGAAGUACUUUCUGAAGGUUCAGAAGAGUGGAACAAGUGAACAUGUACCUCCACCUCGGCCAAAGAGAAAAGCAGCUCAUCCUUACCCGCAAAAGGCUCCCAAAAGUGCUGCGGUUGCAUCCCAAGUGACUGGGCCAUGUCAAUCUUCAUCUGGUUUGCUUGAACCUGGAUAUCUCCACGGGCCAGAUUCGACAUCAGCUCUCGGGAAUCCAAUUACCAGUGGAGCUUUAUCUACCUGGAAUUUUAAUUCUGUACCACCAGUCAGCAUGCCACAGAUGGCUACAGAUGAUGAGGGAUUGGCGGGACCAACAAUUGCAAAUAAAUGUUGCUACAGUAGCAGUAAUGAAAGCACCCCAAGUACUUGGCAUACUGGAAAAAUAAACGAUAGACAGGAUCAGGGCAAGCCAGCGAGAGUUAUACCAGACUUUGCUCAAGUAUACAGCUUUAUUGGAAGUGUAUUUGACCCCAAUGGCAGAGGUCACUUGCAGAGAUUAAAGCAGAUGGACCCAAUGGACUUGGAAACAAGAAGGUUGCUUGCGUCAUAUGACGUUGACUCUGAGAAGGCGAGCAAGGGUGAUUCUUACAGCAAUACCAGUGUUGGUAAAUUGGGGAACCCCAUUCCAGCUAUUUGA